UAUAAAGUAAUUAGUUCCUGAGUGCACGAAGCUUUUGUUAAACCAGGCAAUUCCAAGACGGUGUUUGGAGUUUAGGAAAUUGUAGUAUUCUUUGAUAGAAUCUUAUGAGAUUUGAAGGAAAUUAUAACAAAUGCGUGUAGUAUAUUAUAGUGUUUGUUGAUAUAUAGGAUUAAUUUGUAAACAAAAAAUAUCACGCUCUAGUUUAGUGAUAGAUUGAUAUACUUGGUUAUGUCACCAGAUUUCACUGUGUUUACGGAUUAAGUAAGAGGAACGCGCAGAGUACCGUUGUACUCUACUGUGUAGAAUUGAAAAAAUUCGUCGGGUUAACCUUAGCGCGGCCUUAGUCCCAUUGGCCUGCAUUAACGCUUGGUGCUGAGGUAGUUGCAUAACUAUUUUAUGCGUGUGUUUGACGUUUAUGGGUUUGACGUACGUUGAAUAUUGUGCUCCGAAAGGGGUACCUUUGUUACCAACAUUUCCUACGUUAUAGAAUGAAUAUCAAGGAAAAGGAGAAAUAUAUAGAAGAAUUUGAUUUUCCAUAUUGCGAUGAGUCUUCGAAGUAUGAAAAGGUUGCAAAAAUUGGACAGGGUACCUUCGGGGAAGUAUUCAAGGCCAGAGAUAGAACUAAUAACAAAAGGUUCGUAGCUAUGAAAAAAGUUCUCAUGGACAAUGAGAAAGAAGGUUUUCCAAUAACAGCGUUGCGUGAAAUUAGAAUAUUACAACUUUUACAAAAUGAAAAUAUUGUUAAUUUAAUAGAGAUCUGCAGAACAAAGGCGAAUCAAUAUAAUAGGUAUCGUUCGACGUUCUAUUUGGUAUUUGACUUUUGCGAGCACGAUCUUGCCGGUCUAUUGUCAAAUGUGAAUGUAAAAUUUAGUUUAGGAGAAAUCAAAAAAGUAAUGCAACAACUAUUGAAUGGACUGUAUUAUAUUCACAGUAAUAAGAUUUUGCAUAGGGAUAUGAAAGCAGCAAAUGUACUGAUAACGAAAAAUGGUAUAUUAAAGCUUGCGGAUUUUGGUCUUGCAAGAGCAUUUAGUGCAAAUAAAAAUGGCCAAGCUAAUCGUUACACAAAUCGAGUAGUAACUCUAUGGUACAGGCCGCCAGAGUUACUAUUAGGUGAUAGAAAUUAUGGACCGCCGGUUGAUUUAUGGGGUGCUGGCUGUAUUAUGGCUGAAAUGUGGACAAGGUCCCCAAUUAUGCAAGGGAAUACGGAACAGCAACAACUCACAUUAAUAUCGCAGCUGUGUGGUUCUCUUACCCCUGAUGUUUGGCCAGGCGUAGAAUCCCUAGAACUAUUUAAUAAAAUGGAACUAAUCCAAGGACAAAAACGAAAGGUGAAAGACAGACUUAGGCCUUAUGUUAAGGAUCAAUAUGCUUGUGACUUGUUAGACAAGUUACUGAUUCUUGAUCCGAGCAAAAGGUUUGAUUCAGACUCUGCAUUGAAUCAUGAUUUCUUUUGGACCGAUCCAAUGCCCUGUGAUCUCAGUAAAAUGUUAGCCCAACAUUCGCAAAGUAUGUUUGAAUACUUAGCCCCACCAAGAAGGCCAGGGCACAUGCGACAUCCUCAUCAUCAAGUACCUGGUGGACAAGCAAAGCCAAGUUCUAGUAUGGCAGAUACUAGUUAUCAAGAUCGAGUUUUCUAGCACAAUCAUUGUAAUAGCCAACGAACUCAUACUACGUUCAAGAGUGUCUACAAUAAUCGAAUAAGAUUAAAACUCAAUUAAUUUAUCUGUGCGAUAAAGUGAAUCGAUUUUUUUAUUUAUAAAAUAUACUUUUGUAAUUAAAAUGUUUACCAUUUUAUAAGUUUUCCAAUGAAUAAUUAUUUUAUGUCUACUGGACAACUAUUCAGUGCAUUAUA